GGCCUCAAUGCACGCAGUUGGGGGAAGAGUGCAAGUAGAUUGCAAUGGGACGCAAUGGGCACGGGGAAAUUCUAGGCCAUGAGAUCUAGACCACAAGAUAAAAUACUUGCUUUUAGAUCGAUGAUAAUAAUAGAGGAGGAUACCAAUAAUCUGAGAUGGAGUGAUCGGAUCUCUUUCUCCGUGCAGUUCGAUUGAGGGAACUUCAGACUUGCAGAACUGCCGCUUCUUGCCUUUCUUGGGCCCCGCACGUGCCCCCUCCGUAUCGGCCCGACUUGAACCCCCGAAGCCUUGUUGUUUGUUUGGCUGCCUUUCCCUUCUGGGAACUAUGUAAUGGAUAUCUCCAUCCCCAUUCUAUCCUGCCAUCUUCCCCUCUUGAUCCCUCUUCGCUGUGGGUAAUCUUCCUCCCCCAAUCUGAUAGGGAACAAUCCUGUACAGUUGCAUAUCAUCGUCAUAUUCAUUUCCCACCAUUGUUACUUCAUCAUGGUCACCUCCAACGCCCCCUUCAGGCCAUCGCCAUUAUCAUUUGGCUCCCCUCGACCCUCCCCUUUUCGCCGUCCUUCUACACCCAACUCCCCUCCACAAGGCCGCUCCAGCACCCCUGGCAGUUCCCCCGGCCGCGGUUACACUCCAGUUCAGUCUCCGAGCAAACUCAAGGAAUCAUACACAGUCGAGGAAGAUGACGGUUCAUCACCCAAGAGCAAGCCCAGAAGUCCCAUUGCACAGCCUCGGUUCACACGAGAGGCGCCCCCUUCGCCAACGAGGGGCGCCAAUGCGCCGGAUUCGUCGCCGUCGUUGAUGGAAGCCAAAGCUACGAACAUGAUGGCGGCGUCAUCUGACGCAGCAGCUAAACUACCCCCCGCACAACUGCGGGAAAUCCGAGAGGCCUUCCAAGUCCUGGACCGAGAUAACGAUGGCUUAGUAGAUAAGGACGACGUGGCGGAUGUGCUUACGAACGUGGGCCAAGACCCGACUGCCCUUUCCAAGUUCUUCCCUCUAGGAGGUCCUCAAACCAUGAAUUUCCCCACCUUCCUCAAUACCCUCUCACAGCUGCUCGCUCCUCUUUCUUCCCGCCAAGAGCUCAUGAAUGCCUUGGCGGCCUUUGACGAAGACGAUAGCGGUCAGAUCGACGUCGACGAGCUGCGCGAUGCCCUCUUACACACAGCAUCCGAGGAUGGAGACCACCCUCUAAGCGACCGGGAGAUCAAUGAAGUGCUCAGUGGAUUUACGGGGCGUCGAGCAUUUGGCGGGAAAGGUGCUCGGGCGGCGGGCGGAGGGAAGAGGGGGGAGGUAUUCCGAUACCAGGACUUUGUCAGUGGGAUCAUGGGAGGGACGGAGAAUGGAUCGACGAAUCGCCGCGACGCCUAGUAGAUAGCCGCAACGGCGGAGUGGGAAUUAUUGCUUAUAGUUCGGUAACGGCGUUCGGAUGAUGAGGGAUACCGAUAGUUAGAGAACCCGACUGGCUCUGGCAGCCAUUGACCUGCAAUUCUGGAUCUGCGUAGGAGACGACAAACGACAACAACAACAACAUGACUACUUGCUAUAUCGUAGAUACCUUUCAGGGCAGCUCCAUCUUCGGGAAGUUAAACAUGACUGACAGCCAGGAACAUGUCACGAUGGAAAUAAAGUUGACAGGGCGAGAAUAAGACAAGACUCGUGGGCCCGCGAGGAUUAAGGCCAGGA